AUGGCUCCUUACUAUGUAAAUGGUUCCACGGAGAAGGAAGUAGUCGCAGGGAUAGAAAAGGCAUCAACUACGUCCAUGUAUCAACAAGUUGUGGAUCCUGCAAGGGCUAACGUCGAUGGUGCCGCCUGCAAUUUAUCAACCACACUGUCCACAUCGAGGGUUGACGAUACUGCUGUGUCGAGUUCGACGAAAUAUCGUCUCUAUGCUGUGGUUUAUCAUCAGGGCGGGACACAGCAUGGACACUACACCGCUCGGUGUCAUCUGCCCGUGGCUGGAUCCACCACCGACUCACACGCCUGGUUUCUCUUUGACGAUGAA